UUCUAACUAAAAUCAACAACUAAGAACUCAUAUAUAUCUUUCUACUUGUUCUUGAGGUCUCAUCAUCCAUCUUCAUCAAUUUUAUAUAAUAUUAAUGGCAUCAAGAAGAAUCUUGAAGGAGCUUAAGGAUUUGCAAAGAGAUCCACCUACCUCUUGCAGUGCAGGUCCGGUUGGGGAGGAUAUGUUCCACUGGCAAGCAACGAUAAUGGGUCCAAACGACAGCCCUUAUUCAGGCGGCAUCUUCCUUGUAAUUAUUCAUUUCCCCACUGAUUAUCCUUUCAAACCCCCCAAGGUUGCAUUCAGAACCAAGGUUUUUCAUCCCAAUAUUAACAGUAAUGGGAAUAUCUGUUUGGACAUACUCAAGGAACAAUGGAGUCCUGCUCUAACCAUAUCCAAGGUUUUGCUAUCGAUAUGUUCCUUGUUGACGGAUCCAAAUCCAGAAGACCCUCUUGUUCCUGAGAUUGCCCAUUUGUGCAAGCUUGACAAGAACAAGUAUGAGUCCACUGCUAGAAGUUGGACUCACAAAUAUGCUAUGGGUUAAUAUCCUCUACUUGUAUUAUUCAUGAUCUAUCAUCCUAUCUCAACUCUUAGCAAUAACAAGCAUCUACCCUUCCAUCUUCCACCUAAAGGCUAUCUUAUAUAUAUCAUUAAUCAUCAUCUCGAAUUAAAUAUGGUUCAGUUUUCUC